AUGGGAGGCCAAGCAACUGGUACUGAGAACCGCAUGAAAAAGGAGGUUUUGUAUCGAGGAGAGCGCAUCUAUUUGGACCAGGACUUUACAACUAAACUACAAAAUCAACGAAAAGGAUACAUGCGAAUCCGAAACCACAUGAAGGAAAAUGGGAUAAAAUCGCAUAUUCGCUAUCCAGCAAAGUUACUGGUGAUUGAGGACAAUGGACAAAAGAUCUAUAACACGCCCCAAGACGCAGAACGGGCCUACGGCCUCACGGAGAGUGCUGUGGCCCCAGAGCGCGGAGCGUGGAUUCAGCAGCUGCAACGCACAGGAUGGGAGACUGUCCAGCGCUCCAAGAAGAACUAA